AAUUUGAUUGUCAUUUCCUCUCUCAGAUUAUGUUAACUUCCUAAAUCUAAAUCAGACUGUGACUAUGAUUAAAAUCUAAUUGUCUAACCAAAUAGCUAAUCAUUUGGUUGAUUAACUUACUCUCCAUGUGUAAACAAUUUCAUUAACAAUCAAGCUUUGGCCUAAUUUUAAUGUUCUUUUAUUUUCGUUUUAUCAUCAACAUAAUAAGUUGACCUUUUUGUUUUACCUUUGUGUCUCUUAUUGGUCUUAAAAUGUUACGAAAACGUAAGGAAAUCACCAAGGAAUCAGAUGAAGAAUUGAAAUCAAAUUGUUCUGAUGGUAAACGAUCAGGUAAAAAGAUUGGUGAUAAACAAUCAAUUCAAUUUUCUGCAAGAUCUCAUCUUAAUUUCAUCACAUUAAUUGUUACAAUUAUCUUAAUUGUAACAAUAUUUACUGCAAGGAUUGUGUACAAAUUAGCUGAUAAUGAGACAAUUGAUUUACCAAAUCAACUUAAUCACCUUAAUCAACUUUUGAUGAGUGAUGAAAAUCUGUUAACCAAAAACAAUGGAUCAACAUCAACAAGUAAACAACAAAUAACAACAAGUGACAAUAAACCAAGAGUCUGGAUUGCUGGAAGAAAUAUGGAAUCUGGUUACUUAAAUCAUGUUAUUGAGGCUUUCGAUCGCCUUGGCUACCAAAGGGUCGAUGGAUUAACUCAAGAUUGGGAUGUCCUCUGGUCACACGAUUAUCCAUUUGGUAAAGAGUUUUUUACUUCACUUAAACCUCAUCAAAAAGUUAAUCACUUCCCCGGGUCAGGUUAUAUCACCAACAAAGUGAGUUUGGCAACGACUUCAAUGCCUCAUAUACCAAAAGCUUUUCAUCUUCCCAAAGAAAAGGAUAAGUUCAUUUCCUAUGCCAAUGCUAAUCCAGAUAGAUUAUGGGUGAAAAAGAGCAACAACCACCGAGGGAUUAGAGUUGAAAAAAUUGACCAAAUGAAUUUAGAUGAGACUGGACACUUUGUUCAAGAAUAUAUUCAAAAUCCACUUUUAAUCGAUGGAAAGAAAUUUGACAUCGGAUUAUAUGUAAUCCAAACGUCCAUUAAUCCACUUCGAGUUUACAUUUACGAUAAAGAUGCUCUUCUCCGUUGGUGUGGAAACAAAUAUCAACCUUUCAAUUCAUCUGAUUAUGAUUCUUAUGUUGUUGGUGAUGAUUACACACCAAUUUGGGAGAUGCCAAGUUUGAGUAAAUAUUUCAGUGAAUUGAAUUACAAUAUGAAGCAAACUUUGAACAUUUACUUACGAUCAAUUGGUAAAGAUCCUCAGGUCAUUUGGAAUAAGAUGGAAGAAGCAAUUUCCAAUGUUUACCGGGAGAAAGAAGCACCGAUGGGACGAUUAUCGACAAUGGCUUUUCCUAAAUCGAAUAGAAACUUUUUCGAAAUGGUUCGAUUUGAUUUUCUUGUUGAUGAAGAUCUUAAUGUUUAUCUAAUGGAGGCCAAUAUGUCACCAAAUUUAUCUUCGGCUCACUUUGCACCCAAUAAAUUACUCUACGAACAAGUAAUUUAUAAUUUAUUUCUCGUUGGAUUAACCAGAAUCGAUGGAAUCAAAGAUUGGAAUCAAUAUGAUUCAGAUUCAUGGAAUCUCAGAGUCUCGGAAAAAGACUUAGCCGUUAAUGAGGAUCUUUGUACCUCCGAUGAGUGUUUCAUGUCAUGUAGAUCAGAUUCUUGUCGAUCAUGUUACAUGUGUCUCUCUGAUGGCCUGAAAUUAACCCUAAAAGACGCUUAUCUUGAACACAAUUCCCGUUGGAACUCAAAGCGACUCUUACCUUCAACGAAGGAAAAUUCAAUUAAUCCAACAAGUGGAAUCAAUCAAAUUCAAAUCGAUUGGUUCAAUGGAAAAUGUUCAAUCAAUAGUGAUUGGUGUUCAUGACCCACAGUUACUCAAAGAAAAUAAUAACAUGUUCUCAUUUUUAUACAGCCAAAGACUUAGAAUCUGCAACUAACUGUUAAAUCAUCCACACAAUUAAAUUUAAUCAAUGAGAGUUAAACUGACCAAGACAAAUGAUAAGAACCAAUGAGCUCUCAUUGUAACAAUAAAAUCUCCUUAAUGGUCAUCCUAUUAGAUAUCAAAAGUUACCUUUACCUGCACGAAUGAUUUGAACGGGUGGUUGCGAACUCAGAGUCUUUGGCUUUAAAAUUUUAUCGAUUCUAUUCAUUAAUUUGUUUCUCUCUCAUUUUCGUAAUUUCGAAUAA